CAAACGUAGACGAAAUUCACAACCAACGUGUUUCUUUUACCCUCUAUUAACGCAAACGGAGUAAAAAAAACACAAUUUCAGAGAGAGAGAGAAACGAACAUUUUAGAGAGAGAAACUGCGACACAGAUAUAAAAGGAAAGAAUAAAAACGAGUGAAUGUUGAUGAAUCUAUAUCCCUCUACACUUUCACCAGAAAUCUUCUCUAAUUUCGUCUGAUUUUUCUUUCAUUAGAAAAAUGGGGAAGAGUGAGGCUAAUGGUGUUGCAGAUUGUGAAAUUAUGAAGAAUACAAGAGAGCUUAAGAAGGAAUUAAAGCAACUAAUCAUUGAGAUAAUUGAAGAUAAUCAUGAAGAUCAUAAAGAUGAUGAGAGUAUCAAUGGAGAAGUAAUUCUGGAUACAAUCGAUAAAACAAUUCAGACAUUGAUUUCAUUGAAAGAAUUGAAGAUAAAUAAAAAGAUUAAACACUCUUCUAAAAUUCAUGUGCUGAAUGUUCCUGAGGAAUUUCGUUGUCCAAUUUCUAAAGAAAUUAUGAAGGACCCAGUUAUUUUAUCUACUGGGCAGACUUAUGAUCGACCAUUCAUUCAGAAAUGGUUAAAAGAAGGAAACCGAACAUGCCCUCAGACCCAGCAAGUGCUUUCUCAUAUCGAGCUCACCCCUAACCAUUUAGUCCGUGAGCUGAUAUCACAGUGGUGCAAGGAUCAUGGAACCGAACUCCCUCCUCCUCAGGAUAUCAAUGAUGGAUUUGUAACUGAUGCUGAUCGAAACAAUUUGAACGCACUUCUCGAGAAGCUGUCUUCAACUGUGCCGGAACAAAAGAAAGCUGCAAAAGAGAUCCGCGUGCUGACUAGGCGAAUGCCUUCUUUUCGAUCCUUCUUUGGGGAGUCAACUAAUGCCCUUCCACAACUUCUAGCCCCUCUCACUACCUUGGGAAGCCUUACGGAUCAUCCUGAUCUUCAAGAGGAUCUUAUAACAACGCUGUUAAAUCUCUCUAUUCACGACAACAACAAGAAGCUUAUUGCGGAGCAUCCACUUGUUAUCCCUUUACUCAUCGAAUCGUUGAAAUGUGGUAGCAUCGAAACUAAAGCCAACGCGGCCGCUGCACUUUUCACACUGUCGGCACUCGAUGAAAACAAGAUUCUCAUCGCAGAUUCUGGUGCUUUAAAGCCUUUGCUUGACCUUGUGGAAUCAUGUAAUGAAUCAGCCAUGACAGAUGUGACUUCGGCAAUCUUUAACCUGUGUAAAAAACGGGAAAACAGGAGUAAAGCUGUUCGUGAGGGGGCCAUUAAAGUGAUAAUGAAUAAGCUCAAGCAGAGGGUGUUUGUCUCUGAACUAUUAUCUAUCCUUGCACUUUUAUCGACCAAUCAUAGAGCAAUUGACGAGCUUGAGGAGCAAGCCACGGUUAGGUGUUUGCUAAGCAUAAUCAGGGAGAGUAAUUGUGAGGCUGACCGGGAAAAUAGCAUUGUGAUUAUACACGACAUAUGUGGAUAUAGCCGUUAUGCAAUGAAGGAUGUUCGGGAUGACGAGAAAGACAGCAAAACACUUUCUAUGCUGACGGAGAAUGGAACUUCAAGAGCUAAAAGGAAGGCAAAUUCCAUACUCAAUAAGCUCAACUCGAGCAGACACAUAAACUACACUCAUACUGCAUAAAGAGUUUUCCGCAAAUGAGCUUCCUUUGUACAUAUUGCUUUGUUGUCGGGUUGCUGUAUACCUGUAAAGUCUGAUACAUCUGGGGUAAGUAAGUUCUGUUUCCCAGAUUUGCUCUUUUUAACUCUUUUUAGUAAUGUACAGUAUUACUACAAGUUUUGCAGUUUCUAUUUGUUUUAAAUAAGGAGGGGUUUGAUAUGUGAUCCAUUAGAAGUGACAAAAGUGUAGCUCUUUUCUUGUUAUGAAUUGAAUAUAGUUGGUCCUUUUUACUUCUCUUUGUCAAUAAAAAUUUGGUACAAACAGGACCACCUUAUGACUA